GCCGCGGCCGGCGGGGCUGCACGGCCGCACGUGGGUAGCUGCGCUGCGUGCUGGUUCUCGGGCCGCCUCGGCGGAGCCCGCUCCUCGCCGGGCAUGAGCCGCUACCUGCUGCCGGCGUCGGUGCUGGGCACCGCGGUGGGUGGCGCCGUGCUGCUCAAGGACUAUGUUGCUGGUGGGACUUGUCCCAGCAAGGCCACCAUACCCGGGAAGACAGUCAUCGUGACGGGAGCCAACACAGGCAUCGGGAAACAAACUGCCUUGGAACUGGCCAGAAGAGGAGGCCACGUCAUCCUGGCCUGCCGAGACAUGGAGAAGUGCGAGGCUGCGGCCAGGGACAUCCGCGGGGAGACCCUCAAUCACCGCGUCAGCGCCCGGCACCUGGACCUGGCUUCCCUCAAGUCCGUCCGGGAGUUUGCUGCGAAGGUCAUUGAAGAGGAGGAGCGGGUGGACAUUCUGAUCAACAACGCUGCCGUGAUGCGGUGCCCGCACUGGACCACUGAGGACGGCUUCGAGAUGCAGCUUGGCGUCAACUACCUGGGUCACUUCCUCUUGACGAACCUGCUGCUGGACAAGCUGAAAGCCUCGGCCCCUGGGCGUGUGGUUAACCUCUCGUCCCUGGCCCACGUCGCCGGGCACGUGGACCUCGAGGACCUGAACUGGCAGAGGAGGAAGUACGACACCAAGGCCGCCUACUGCCAGAGCAAGCUGGCCCUGGUCCUCUUCACCAAGGAGCUGAGCCGGCGGCUGCGAGGCACGGGUGUGACCGUCAACGCGCUGCACCCUGGUGUGGCCAGGACGGAGCUGGGCAGACACACGGGCAUGCACAGGUCCACCUUCUCCAGCUUCACACUCGGGCCCAUCUUCUGGCUGCUGGUCAAGAGCCCCCAGCUGGCAGCGCAGCCCAGCACCUACCUGGCCGUGGCCGAGGAACUGGAGGACGUUUCCGGGAAGUACUUUGAUGGAUUCAAAGAGAAGGCACCAGCUCCCGAGGCUGAGGAUGAGGAACUAGCCCAGAGGCUUUGGGCUGAAAGUGCCCGCUUGGUGGGCUUGGACUUGUCUCGUGGGUCCCCUGUGAGGGGACAGUCCCUGUCCAGGUCACCUCUGGAGCAGGUUUGAAAGCCACUUGGGUCUCCAGGAUGGAGCUUCAGGAUCCAGGAUGCUGCCAGCCUUGCCUCUAUCAUUCUCUGGGGGACAGUGUUGGCACCAUGUGAGCCUCAAGAACGAGGGUGGAGGCUGCCAUACCCUCGCCAUCCUCCAGGGGGCAAAUUGGACUCAGCCUCAAGACCAAGGGCACAGGCUGCCACACCCUCGCCAUCCUCCAGUACCGGCCCCAUGUCCAUCAGCAGCUCACAGUGGGUUGAGCCUGCUGGGGGCUUGCAGGAACCACGAGCCCUGCUGACAGUGUGUGAGCUGGGCCAUCAGAAGCCUGCCUCUCUUUGGGAAUCAAACAGCAGGGAGGAGUGGUGCUGUGGAGAGGCACUGUGCCCUGUGUGCUCUGGGCCUGGGCACUCACCUCAUGUCGCCUGGCUGAGGGAAGGGCCAGGUGGGCGUGCCAGACCCCUCCACCAGGGUGUGCCAGACCUGGGCCCGCCACCCUGCUCCAGGGCCCGCCUCGCUGAUUCAGUCCUCUGUGGGGAGGUGCCAGUGAGCGCAGGACGACGGCUGUGUCCUUACUCCUUUCAGGGACAGACCCUCUGCCCUCGCUGAAGCCUGGGGUUCUUGUGAGACGUGUCAGAAAUGGGGCGGGAGGGGCUGAGGCUGGGACGCAGUGGCAGAGCGCCCGCCCAGCACGUGUGAGGCGUGGGUUCCGUCCUGAGCACCACAUAAACAUAAACGGACAAACAAAA